AUGAGUCUCCCUCUUUCCUCAAGACUAUUGAUAGUUCUUGCUUGUUCUCUGCGUGCCGUCAGUGGAAACCCUGUCGGAGCAAUCUCUGCAGCCAAACCAACCGAACAGCAGUCAGCCGACAAGACUAUUGUGACUACUACGACCGAGCCGGGAUCAACAUACACGCUGACUUAUACGCCGUCAAUUGUCACUGCAGACACUACGUUAAUAGAGGGAUGCACUACUGCUUUUGUCUAUGCAGAAGCCAUAGUUGGCGCUCUGCUAGGAGGGCCCGCGGUGGCUGCCCUGCCAUUUGUUAUUCCCAAGGCUAUACCGCCAAACCUGCUUGACGGAGAACCUGUAGAUGGCGGAAGGAACGAAGGUGAUGAUGAUCAAGGAUGUCAAAAGAUAACUGCGAACAUAUGUACCGAAGAAUGCACUACAGAUUGGUUCCAUUUUGAGAACCAGCCUCAUACCACAUCCACAUGCGCGGCAGCAGCAAGCGCGAAGACCACAGGAUGUGACGUUACUGAUACCACCAAAACAAAUUCUCACCCCAUCCCCACACCCAGUGUUACGACCUUGACGACAACGACCAAUAGCGGAAACCCCAGCGCUGCGCCCUUCGACUACCUUGUUAUCCAGGUUUACUUGGGGCAGGAGUAUCAGCGUUUGCACAUUGAUGACAAUGGCGGGACUGCUGAACAUGAAGCAGACUGCGAGGAUGCUGCUUCAAAAGGAGUCUUAGGGGUAAUGGGCGUAAAGGUGAGGCACAACAAGCUGCACGACAACAUCGCAGACUUUUGCAAGCAGCAGAAGGGCUCCACCGCAAGCUCGAAUUACUCGCCCUUGCUCACGUACGAUCAGGAUGAAUAUCGGAUGCAAGCGGUCCUUCAGGUAUCGUAUACCGGAAAUCGAGGCGAAGGCGCCACAUAUACUCUUGAUGACGAGCAAAAAUGUAAUGAUCUAUUUAGCAAGAUCCUCACAUGCGGGCCUGACAAAAACCACACGGGCGGCGACAAAAUGAAAUCCGAAAAACGAGUCUUCGCAAUAGAGCCGUCUACGUACCUUGGUGCGCUCGGAUGCGCACCGGACGAUUACAAGUGGGGCGUCCAAGCAAGUGAAGCUCUUGACAAUAUCGAUGAUUUUUGUGGCAAUUUUGAUGGGCAAAGGAUCAACCAGGGUGAAAGGAAGGACGCUAAAUAUCAACAAGCAGUAGGCGGAUUAAUGAGCACAAUCAGCGUUACUUGGGAGCCCAAGACUGGCGGCUGCGAGAAAGGUGGCGCUCACGAUCACGGAUAUCCGAUCAACAAGACGAUCAACGACUGCAACAAGGGUGACCCUAAAUUCAAAGCCGCAGGCACCAACACGGAUCAAUGCGCCAUAUAUCAAAUCUAUGUCGAGUCCCGAGAGACUGUCGUCUGCGGUUCCGAUCCACUAUACCCCCAAGCGGACAGAGACCGAUGGAAGUCCUUCAGCCCCAAAGACGCCCACGAUGCUAUCGACGAUUUCUGCGGCAAGAAUCUCCAAGCAAACCCCGCUGCAAGAGAUGACAGUGGCGGAUUCAGCCAGGACGGAAGGUGGCCUAAAGGCAUUGCUACAGGUGGGAAUAAUUCGGUAUCCAUCAAAGUUACUUUCCACUCGCAGGAUGACUUGGCGGCCUGCCCUGCAGACACGAAGGCAGAUCAGGCUUUCAAUACUGGUGGAGAUGACUGUCAGAGGCGGCUGGGAAAGAUGGUCGUGGACGGUUGCGAUCCGAGUGGGGACAAGCAUGGUGGAUGGUUGCUUGAUUCAUCUUACAAUGGCUGUGUUCAAUGGCAGAUCGGCAGUAUCGCAGCCCCUGGAGAUUGA